CAACAACGGAACUACAUUCUCUCUCCACUAUGCCGAAACGAAAAUUGUUCAAUGUUGCAAACCUCGGAAGUUGGGCAAAGUCACUCAGACACUCAGGAAACAAAGAAAAUGAAGUCCCAAUGACAAUCAAUGUGUCCGAGUCUCCUCCAUCCAGUCCGAAGAAGAAAAAGACGAGAGUAGCAGUUACUGCAGUAUUGGAUCCUCCUCCCUUUGUGCUACCAAUAAUACAGCCAUCUCCGAGUCCACUUUACGAGUCUGAGCUUGAGCAUGCCAGGAUAAAUACUGUAACAGGGUUCUACAAGCCCUCACCCACUGUCAAGGAGGCACACUUAGCCUUCAAUGAUAUCAAAAGAAUUCUUAGACCACCGAAGAAGACUGCUAGCUACCAAAACCCUAAGCUAGACUCAGUCUUUCGUCGCCGACUCAAAGGGAUGAAACAAUUCUUGUGGGUCUAUGUUGACCCACAGUCUUCGGCAUAUGGAAAGUGGACAAUGGCAUCAUUACUUACUGCAAAAGCUCUAGAACGAAAGCCCGCACACUCACGAGUACUCCAUCGCGAGAACCUCCCAUUUAAUAUCUACGGGACAUGGAACGAGUCAUUACUUGACAAAGGCGAGGAUCUCACACAAGAAAUACACAUCCAUCUGCAGGGAAUUGGAAAGUAUGUGAAGGCUAUGGACCUCGUUGACUUCCUCGACACACCAGAAAUGCGAAAACGGAGUGGACUCACGAAGCGAAUUCAUCUUGCAACUGCACAGCGAUGGAUGAAAAAGCUCGAGUACCGUUGGACAAAAGACCCAAAAGGUCAAUUCGUCGACGGCCAUGAAAGAGAUGAUGUUGUGGCUUACCAGCAGGAAACUUUCUUGCCUGCAUGGGCAGCAAUCAAGGAGAAGACUCGAGAUUGGUCCUGUCACGAGAGAGAUGGAGAUUACCCUCGUCCAUCACUACAGGAACAGAAGACAGUUGUAUGUCACUCUAUUUUGGUGAAGAUGCUGGACCCAAAGCCGGUCUCUUCAAAGGCAUGGCUGUGA